AUGUCUGUCCUCAGCCUGCACGCCAAACGCGUCUGCCAGAUUAUCAAGCUGAAACCCGAAGCCGAGGCAGAGUACAAGGCCUUGCACGCUAAUGCCUGGCCGGGAGUCCUGACUGCGCUUGCGCGUGCUCACAUCGUCGACUACUCGAUUCACUACUACCCGCCGCUCCAUCUGCUUAUCGCGAGCUUCAAGUAUACGGGAACUGACUUUGACGUGGAUAUGAGGAAGGUCGCGGAGGACGAGGAGACGCGGCGGUGGUGGGCACUGACGGACAAGAUGCAGGAGAGUUUCGUAGAAGGCGCGACGGGCAGCGGUGGUGAGAAGCCUUGGUGGCUGGAUCUCGAGGAGGUGUUCCGGUUCGAGGGAGAUUCUGCAGCGUAA